AUGGUACUACAUGGCCCUUCAGCCCCGCCAACCCGCGUAGCACAAGCCUGCGUUCCAUGCCACCGGACAAAGACCAGAUGCGAUGGUCAGCAACCCACCUGCUCAACAUGCAAUGACAAGGGGAAAUCGUGCGAAUGGCCCCAGCCUCGCGGCGGCAGCAAGUCGCUGACGGACCGGUCUUCCUCCUCGCCGUCCAGCUCCUCCGGCCUACCGACCUCGGGCUGCACGCCGCCCGCGAACUCCAUGGUCUUGCCCGACCACGGCGGCCACCCGAUGACAGCGCCGAGCAUGCAGCAUCAGCAUCAGCAUCAGCAUCCGCAGCGUCCGCCCACCGGCAUGACUACUACCUCGCAUGCGAUGAUGUCGGCUGGGCCCAUGCCGAUGACGACGAUGUCCGACACCCUCGACUUCACCACCCCGGGAUCCAUCCUGGACGAGGCCAUGAGGCUCCAGCUGCAGAGUAUUUACUUUACUAAGUUCCAUCCCCAGUGGCCGCUGCUGCACCGGGAGACGUUCGAGACGACGGCACAACCCAAGUUGUUGAUGCAGGCCGUCAUGACGGUUGGGCUAUGGUUCGCUUCGUGGCCUGAUGCCAGGAAUCUAGCUAUCAAGUUCCACGAUAGCCUCCUGGUAGAAACAGGAAACAAGCUUCUUGAUCUACUGGAGCAGUCAAGACAAGGCAUGCUCUCGCCACGGAUGGAUUUGCUCCCAAUUUUCCAAGCCAUGCUGAUCUCGACAAUACUCGUGCCGUAUCGAGCGGACCAGUCCAUGGACAACGUGAUGAUGACACACGCCAUGUUACUCGAGACGUUCAAAGCUACGGGAGUAUACGAUCAGUCAAAGAUCAACCUAGGGUCGCAGCUCUGUGGGCAUAGUGGAUACCCCUGGAUCUUUAAAGAAUUAUAUCAACGUCUCGCUGUCUUCCAGUUCAAGCUACAUCUAAUCCUCCAAACAAUAUUCAUUACAAUACAUCCGGCGUUACGCCUAUCCCGCAACGCAGAGCCGGGCAUGCUCAGGGUAAAAAUACCGCUGCCGUUGAUGAUGUGGGAUGGGCCCGCGGCGCACUGGUACGGCAUGGUGCCGACAGAUCCCGCGCUGCUCGACGCGAAUACCGGCGACGAAGAGGCGAGCCUCACGAUGGACAACAAGGCACUCGUCCCGCUGCUCUCCUGGGACCGGUGUUUGGGGUCUGAGAGCGACAAGGAGUUUAUAGAGAACGUGAAGCCGUUUGUUCUCGAUCCGUUGAAGGAUACGAAUGUUUUUCCAGGUUCCGGCUAG